GAAAAUCCCAUGGCAGGAUCCUGUGAGAUUAGCAGCCUUUUUUCAAACUACAUCUCUGCCAUGUACCAGCCAGAGGAAGUGCCUCCAGAUCCAGACGUCCUGACCCACCUUGGGGAUGAUGACAACCUUCCUCUCCCACUGUCCAACUUGCACAUGCCAACAGAAACAACUGGCAAACCCACGUGGUAUGGCGAGAUGCCCCACUGCUGGAGCAAGUCUCAAGUCCUGGAGUGGAUCAGCUACCAUGUGGAGAAGAACAAGUACGACGCCAGUGCCAUUGACUUCUCCUGCUGCAACAUGGAUGGUUACACCCUUUGCCAAUACACGCGGGACCAGCUGGGACUAAUCUUUGGGCCCCUGGGCGAUGAGCUGUAUGAUCGUCUGCACGAAAUCACUUCAGUACCAGAUGAACUGGCCUGGAUUAUGUCCGUGCUGAGGAAUGAAGAGGUUUCCCAAGAGUCCCUUUUGGACUCCAACCCUUUAGACCUUGGGAACUCUUGCUCUCAGGAGUACCUGGAGGAGAUGAAGUUAGCAAACCUUUUCUCACAGCCUGACCUUGGCUACUUCUCUGGAGCCAUGUCACCAGACAGCUCUGGGUCUGUCACAGGGACUAUGUCACAGAGCCCUCACUCUCAGGACUCCGGUGGAAGUGACCUUGAUCUUGACCCCAUAGAUAUGAAGCACUGUCCCUUUUCUGAUGGUGACUAUAAGAAAGACCUCAAAAAGCGGAAAAGGGGACGACCCAGGAAAGCCAGCAAGGAGAACAGAGACUGUCUGGAGACCAAAAAGAGCAAACACUCAGCCCCAAGAGGCAUCCACCUGUGGGAAUUCAUCCGGGACAUCCUAAUUCACCCAGAGAUGAAUGAGGGGUUGCUGAAAUGGGAAGACCGGCGAGAAGGCAUCUUCAAGUUUCUGCGUUCUGAGGCAGUGGCUCAGCUCUGGGGACAGAAGAAGAAGAACAGCAGCAUGACCUACGAGAAGCUGAGCCGGGCCAUGAGGUAUUACUACAAGCGGGAGAUCCUAGAGCGAGUGGAUGGCCGGCGGCUUGUGUACAAGUUUGGGAAGAACUCCAGCGGGUGGAAGGAGGAAGAGGUGCAAGAGAGAAGCUAAAGGGAGCUGCAAGAGCCACACACGGACGGACUUGGCUUUGGCUCACUUGUGCUCAGAGGACUCGUUCUAAGCACAAUGCACUGAUGUGGGCCCUGAGCCCUGAAGCUGCUUUCUCAAGCAGUGUGUGUUAGACUCCAGCCCUUUCAUGGGGCAAAGUGUACAUGCUGGCUCCCAGCCGGAGCGCAGGUAAUUACAGCUGAUAUUUUGGCUCAAGUAGGUUAUUGUGAACCAUUAUUAUUUUGUUGCGAUUGGAUUCUGGCUGCUGUUGAUUCUGAAUGGCUUUACAGUGCCUUUGGCUGUCCAAGGCACUGUGCGGAACUCACCCAGGCAGAAGGAACAGGCCGUUCUCAGCCAUUGUUUUGUCCCGAAGGACAGAAUAUCAAACGGUCUGCUGACUCGGAGUGAAUGCUGCAGUCGACUAUGCGUGGGGAACUGGGAUUUGCCACUGGAGUCUGAGGAUGUGGACGUCCACUUUGGCGUGGUGACUGGACUGUGCCAGCUGCAGUGGGAGAAGUUAUUUGGCCAGACUUUACAUCUCAAGCCAAGAUCAUUGUGAAUCUGAAACGGCUUCGGAGGGCAACGCUCACAAGUCCUUUCCUUGGUUCUUCCCCAAGGGAAAUCCCACUCUCCAGGAAGCAUGGCACUGUGCCCCACGAACAGCCUCCUCUUGCUCCUAAUUUAUGUGAUAUAUGUGUGUUUAUAUAAUGUACAUAGAUAUCUAUUUUUUUCAUAACAAAAGUUGUGUGAUUGUGUCAGGAAGCAGUGGGCAUUGUCUAUAGCGAUGAUUGUUGUUCCUAAUAUUCAGCUGGGCUGAAAAAAAAUCUUUAUUUUGGAAUCAAAGUGUUUGUGGGAUGUUGUA